ACUUUCUCUUCUUCUUCCACCCCCAAAAAAACAGAAAUGCGCUACGCAGUCCUGGUUACUGGCCCGGCCGGCGCAGGCAAGACAACGUUUACGAAGUCAUUCCUUACCCAUCUUGCUGCGUCGCGGCGGUCAGCCCAUCUGGUGAACCUUGACCCAGCUGCCGCACCUGAAGGCUACGAACACGCGCCUGUAAUCGACAUCAAGGACCUCGUCAGCCUGGAGGACGUAAUGGGUGAACUUGGCUAUGGGCCCAAUGGCGGGCUGGUAUACUGUUUCGAGUACCUUCUGCAGAACAUGGACUGGCUGGAGGAAGAACUAGGUGGAUAUGAGGAUGAUUAUCUCAUCUUCGACUGUCCUGGCCAGAUCGAGCUUUAUACCCACCAUCCCUUUCUGCCAACACUCGUCCAGAACUUGACCAAGAUGGGGAUUCGGACUAGCGCAGUCUAUCUGAUAGAGUCGCAGUUCAUGGAAGACAAGUACAAGUUUUUCAGUGGGGUCUUAUCGGCAAUGUCUGCGAUGGUAAACCUUGAGAUUCCAUGGAUCAACAUUAUGUCCAAGAUGGACCUAGUCACCGCCAAUCCUGACGACCCUGCACGUGCAUCUGGAGGCAGAAACGGGCUAAGGGGCAGGCGUAACAUUGCCAGAUACCUCGAUCCAGACCCACUUCUCCUCGUCUCUGCGCGGGGCCAAGAGGGCGACACGGCAAAUCCGCGGUUUCACGCCCUCAAUCAGGCCAUAGUCCAACUCAUUGAAGACCACCCACUGGUCUCCUUCCUGCCACUAGACCUAACAUCGCCCGACUCGCUCGAGACAGUCAUUAGCCACAUUGAUUAUACGAUGCAGUACGGGGAAGACGAGGAGCCGAAAGAGCCCCAUGAUCUAGACGAGGGAGAUUUCCAAGACUUGGAGUAG